AUGUCGGAACAACUGGAAAUUCCGAUAGAAGGUGGUGAUUUCGACUUUGACGGUGAUAAUAUCCAAGAACUCGAUCAUUUCGACAUUGGCGAGGAGGAGGAUGAGCCAGCGGAGGUUCCGGCUGGAGAGGCGGGAGUUUGGGAAGAAGCCGUCGGAACUCUUCCCCUUUCACGUCAACGACGGAAAAGUGUUCGGAAGAAACCGGGAAGGAAACGGAGGGGAGAAGUGUAUCAUAUUCCAAAACGUCAACUACCACGUGGAACCAAUGUCACUUCUUCUUCAUCUGGAAAUUCUCGAAUAAAGACAUAUCAACAAUAUGAUACAUUCGAUGAAAUUGUCGAUCCGAAUGAUAUGAUUAUAGUCGAAGAGGGGGCGGAGUCUCAUCUGGAACAAGAGAAUGUCAUGGAUGAUUCAGAUCCAGAAAUUAUGGAUGACGAUGGAGAACCAUCUUCAUCCAAAACAUGGCGAGUGUUCGUUCGUAAAGAUGGAAGUGGAAUGCACUUCGAUUGGCCGAUAUUCAUGGAUUCAUCAAUUUCACUGAAAGACGUCGUCACUCUGAUAUCAACAGACGCAUCGGAAAUCUCGAAGACGUUGAUUUGUGAUUCGAUUCCACAGGAAUUCACGAAUACUGGAACAUUUAUAAUUCAUUUGGAAGAGGAUUUGUUGAAAGAGGAGAUAUGUGAUGAUGGAUUGGGAACAUGGAAUUCCGCCCAGAUGUUCGUUCGGAAAUAUAUUAUUGGAGGGGGUGCUGGAAGGCCAUUGCAAACGAAUAAGAAUGAUCAUAAUUUGAAGAUCGUAUGUGAGCAAUUCCUCCAUCCGGGAACCGACACUCGUGGUGACUUCAUUCGGCGCAUUUAUACAGGAUUCGACAAAGACGAACACAUGAUUCCGUACGUCGUCAUUUGUUAUGAAUGGAUGGGACAACCGCAUCCAUUGACGGUUUACGAGGAUUCUGAUGACAAACAGACUUACGCUGAGCAGAUGACGUGGAAGAAAUGCUCGAAUCCAGACGAUCAAGUUCCGAUUCUAUCACGUCAUGGAUGUGAUUACAAUGCGGCUGUGCAGAUUCUGUUAUCAGCUGAGAAGUUUACAAAUUAUGGCAAAUCGGUGCCCCAACUCGUUCAAGAAUGUAUCUCAUUCGUUUUGGACGUUGAAGAGUGUGGAGGUGCAAGAGCACUGUAUAUGGAUGGAAAUACGUGGGAACGACCGUCUGGAAGUCAUCGAUUCUAUCGAAUAGUCUUUCCGACGAAUCGACACGAAACAACGAACACUUUCAGCAUUGAAAGGGCGCAUGGAGAGGCGAAUGUCAGGAAUAGUGAUAUUCAGGUGAUUUGCCGUCGUUACAAUGGUCGAAAGUACACAUCGACAUUCGGAUUCGUUCGUAAAACGUUCCAAUUGAAAAUUCUGCCGACGUGUCCGCCAGAAGUCUCCGCCCAACUCGUUAAUCAACAUUUGGCCGUCGUCUCGUAUUCAUAUCGAAAUGCCGCUAUGCCCACUUUUAUCGAACAACCAGCCGUCCGUGAAAAACUGCCAAACGGAGAGUUGAUUGGAGAGGAAGUUGAAGUUGUAUCCGGAGAGAUUGUAUUCGACGACCCAGAAAUCGGUGUUGAAAUGCAUCAAAUGUUGGAACGAAUUGAGACGAAAAAGAAGGCGAAUAGUCAGAGAUUGAUGGAUUUGAUUGAGAGAAUGCAACGACUCGAUGAUAUAUGCAAAAAAACCGGUUGGCACGAUCACUCGACGGCAGAAGUUCAACAACUUUUACAACUUGGAGCAAUUCUGGAGAGCACUCUACAUCAAUAA